AUUAAUUAACUUGAGUGCAGUUCCACCAACAUAUCCUAUGGAUGAAGAUCUAAUACAACUUUGCAUGGUGAAUCAACUUCAAAGAUUAGGGUUAGCCGACCAUUUCACUCAAGAAAUUGACCAUAGUUUGGCCCAUAUUCACAGGAAUUAUCACAAUCAAGAAUCCAAGGGAGGAUCAAGAAGUGCAAUUGCAACUCAGCUACAUAAGGAUUCUUUAGCAUUUCGGCUUCUCCGUAUGCAUGGUUACACCGUAUCUCCAUGGAGCUUCUGUUGCUUUUCAAACGAUGAAAAAGUUCGAGAUCAUAUACAGAAGAAUUUUGAAUUCUUCUCAAGUGUAAUGUUGAAUGUUCAUAGAGCCACAGAUCUUAUGUUUCCAAGAGAAUACGAACUCGAAGAGGCAAGAUCCUUUUCAAGGAAAUUACUUGAGAAAUACGUAUCAAUAGGAAAUGGAGAGCGGUCUUUCCUCAAAACAAUGAUCGAGCAUGAGCUAAGUGUUCCAUGGAUUGCUCGACUGGAUCACUUGGAACACAGAAUGUGGGUUGAAGACAAAGAUAUGAAUGCAUUGUGGGCUGGAAAGACUUCCUUCCAUAGGUUGUCAAGCUUUCGAAACGAGAAGCUAAAGAAACUUGCAGCUAAGGAUUAUGAGUUUCGACAAUCAAUUUACAGGACAGAACUGGAGGAACUGACAAGGUGGUCUAGGAAAUGGGGUCUUGUCAAUUUGGGAUUUGCUAGAGAGAAAACAACAUAUUGUUACUUUGCCAUAGCAGCCUGCGUUUCUUUACCUUACAACUCUGCGUUAAGAAUAAUGGUUGCAAAGAGUGCGAUUCUCAUUACAAUUGCUGAUGAUUUUUUUGAUUCUCACGGUUCGCUACAUGACCUCAAGACCCUCAUCUCUGCAAUUCAAAGAUGGGAUGGCAAGAGCUUGAAUGGGCAUUGCAAAACUAUCUUUGAUGUCCUUGAUGAUCUUGUGAAAGAAAUUGCGGUAAAACACCUCCAUAGUCAAGGGUCAGAUAUAACAAACCAUCUGCAACACCUAUGGUAUGAAACAUUUGUUUCAUGGCUGGUGGAAGCUCAAUGGAGUAAGAGUCAAUGCGUGCCAUCAAUGGAAGAAUACCUUGCAAUUGGCAUGACAUCCAUUGCUGCACAUACACUAGUUCUUCCAAUUUCUUGUUUCUUGACUCCAAGCAUUCCGAAUCACAAACUCCAACCAAACCAAUAUGAGACACUCACCAAAUUGCUCAUGCUCAUAACUCGCUUGUUGAAUGACAUUCAAAGCUACCAGAAAGAAGAAGAGCAAGGAAAAUUGAACACAGUGCUGCUAUAUUUGAAAGAAAAUCCUGAGGCAGAUAUUGAAGACUCAAUUGCUUAUGUGAAAGGAAUGCUAGAGACGAAGAAGAAAGAACUACUCCAGCAUGCUUUCAUUGAUGGUUUUAGUGAUCUGCCAAAACAUUGCAAGCAGCUUCAUCUAUCAUGCCUGAAAGUAUUUGCGAUGUUCUUCCAUUCAAGCAACCGAUAUGAUAAAGAGGACACGGGGAUGCUUAAAGACAUUCAACAAGCAAUCUAUUGUCCUCUACAUGUUGGAAGAACAUCAAAGGUAUUGACAAAGAAGCCUCUUGCUUCUUAUUCUGGUUCAAAAGAACAUAGAAUAAUCAACUAUGAAUUUGGUCAGCGCUCCAAAUAUCACAGCAGGAGAGUCAUAGCCAGACCUUUCUCGCCAAUACCAAGGCGUGGAUGUGAUAUUUUGUUCAUGCCACCAAAAUUUAGACUGUCUUUAGUUUGAAACAGUUUUUACUAGGUGAAACAUCGCAAAAGUAGUAUAUCAUCUUCUUACGAGAAUAUUUACAGUUUAUGUCAAAUUUAAUUUGACUUCUUCUUCCUGUAACUUACUCUGUUUUUCGGUUUUGCUCUGUUUUUCUGUUUUACUUUUUCUGUUUUCCUUUUUCUGUUUUUUCUUGAUUUCCUCAUCUUUUUGUGCAACUGCUGUAUCCUACUACCUGUAUAUAUACAGUUACCUGUAUAUAUACAGUUGAGAAGCAAUAAAACUGAUAUAGAAAUUCCACCAUAUUUUACACAUCUCUUGUGCAAUAAUGUUCUCAAUGAAUGUCAUGUACCCUU